AGGUCGUCCAUUAUUUCACCAUUACUUAUCAUGGCAGGUGGAUACUCUCUUAUCGUAGCGAUAAAGCAACGCAGAGUUAGAACUGUGGACCGUCUGUAUAUAAGACAACACACACACACGUCUCAGAUCACUCAUCCACAGGCAUCUACAGGUGAACGAGUUCUACAGGUGACUGCUGAGGAGACCAGACAUCACAUCAUGAAGUGGGCUAUCGUUCUGUGUGCCGUGGUAGCACUCUCCGAAUGCAUCAUCCAGGUGCCGCUGAUCAAGGGGAAGAGUGCCAGGGAGAGCCUGGAGGAGCAGGGUCUGUGGAAUGAGUACAAAGGGAAGUUCCCUUUCAACCCCACCAGGUUUGACGACCAGAGCCUAUAUGUCUCCAAUGAGCAGAUGACCAACGACGCUGAUUUGGCGUACUUUGGAGUGAUCUCCAUUGGAACUCCACCUCAGUCCUUCACUGUCAUCUUUGACACUGGAUCAUCCAACCUGUGGAUUCCCUCCGUCUACUGCAGCAGCGCAGCUUGCGCCAACCACAAAAGGUUCAACCCCAGUUUGUCCUCUACCUUCAAGAAUGCUGGGAAGAGCCUGUCCAUCCGAUACGGUACUGGCAGUAUGACUGGCUUCGAGGGCUUCGACACCGUUGUGGUGGGUGGGAUCCCUGUGAAGAACCAGAUCUUUGGGCUGAGUCAAUCGGAGGCUCCCUUCAUGGCUCAUAUGAAGGCUGAUGGUAUCCUGGGUCUGGCUUACCCCCGCCUGGCUGCCUCUCAGGCCACACCAGUCUUUGACAACAUGAUGACCCAGCAUCUCGUCAACCAGGACAUGUUCUCUGUCUACCUGACUCGUAACUCUGCGGUAGGUAGCAUGGUGACCUUCGGAGGCGUUGACACCAACCACUACUCCGGCCAGAUCGCAUGGAUCCCCCUGUCCUCUCAGAUGUACUGGCAGAUCACCGUCGACAGUGUGACUGUGAACGGCCAGAUUGUGGCCUGUAACGGCGGCUGCCAGGCUAUCGUGGACACCGGCACCUCUAAUAUUGUGGGACCUCAGGCCGACAUCUCCAGCAUGGCCCGUGCUGUGGGAGCCCACUCCGCCAACGGAGACAAUGUGGUGAACUGUAACAACAUCAACAACAUGCCAUCGAUGGUCUUCCACAUCCACGGACAGGCCUUCACUCUCCCAGCCUCCACCUACGUCCGCCAGUCCACCUACUAUGGCUGCCGUACCGGUCUCCAGUCUAGUAGCUCCGACCUGUGGAUUCUGGGUGACAUCUUCAUCCGACAGUACUAUUCCAUCUUCAGCAGAGCCCAGAACAUGGUGGGUCUGGCCCUGGCUAGAUAAUCCAACACAGAUCAACAAUGGAUCCCGUAACGCCAUAUGAACAACCAAAUGAGGGUGUCUCUCCAGUGCAAUCGUAUCUAUUCUAAAGCUAAUUUGAGUAGUUUGUGAUAGGAAGUGAUACUGCUCUAUGUCUAGAAUUGUAAUUAGUUCAUUCAAAAUAAUAAAAAAGUUUUGUCAUGAUAAA